AUGACCUCCCACGAGCUUCCCAAACUGGAGGAAAUCGACACGAAGUCCAUCAUCUCCAUGCAAGAACUAGACCCCUCGCCCGUCGACGAUCCGGUGGAAGGCGAAUACUUUCCGGAGCCUUCUGCUCAGAAUGGUGGCUACCCUCAGCUGGGCCUGAGUGGCCAUCGCUGGGACAAGUGGUUGACCCGUAUACAAAAAUACUCAACUUACCCACCGACGGUCUUUACCAUCUUACAUUUCACCAAUACCUCUCUGAUUCCACUAGUGACUCGCUCCGUCCCGGCGAGCGAGUCCUACCUGUUGCUCACGCGACCUGUCUAUCAAGCCCCGGGCCUUGAACAUCUGAUCCUCACCAUCCCCGUGCUGGCACACAUCAUCUCCGGAGUAGCGCUGCGCAACAUUCGUGGAGCACGCCGCGCGAAACUCUACGGCGCCGAGACCCGCGCCCAACGCAACACGCUCUACUUCUGGCCGCGCGUGUCUCUGCAAGCUCGCUCGGGGUACUUCGUCGUGCCCUUAAUUGGGCUCCACGUCCUAGUCAACCGGGCCACACCGUUGGCAGUCGACGGCGGCAGUUCGGGCGUGGGGCUGGCGUAUGCCGCGCAUGGCAUCGCUCGAAGCCCCAUGUUCUGGAAUGCGUUUUACUUCUUCUUUGUGACCGCUAGCGUGUGGCACUUUGUGGGCGGCUGGGCAACCUGGAUGGGAUGGCGAGUCACUACGGUGCGCAAGGAGCGAGGCCAGAAGCCUUCCCUGGAUGGGUUACUCGGGUUUGCGGACAGCACGACCCGAUCCAAGAGGCAGCGCAAGAUGUGGUGGGUGGUCAAUGGCAUUGCGGCUGCUGGAGCAACUUUCUGGCUGGCUGGGGCUCUGGGCAUUGUUGGACGUGCUGGUGAAGGUGCUGGUUGGGAGGCCAAGGGCUGGAAUGACAUGUAUAGUCAAGUCCCAGUCAUUGGGAGCUGGCUGUGA